UCUCCCCUCCACAGAAUUCUGGCCUGUGGUCGUGCAGUCCAGGGGGCUGGAUGGCAUGCUGGACCCAAGCUCAGUUCAGUGUCUGGGCCCAAUAACGGCUUUUCCAAGGGAGCAGCUUUCUGUCCUGGCCACAUUGAGGUGCAUAGCGUAAUGUCCAUGUUGUUCUACACUCUGAUCACAGCUUUACUGAUCGGCAUCCAGGCAGAACCCCACACAGACAGCAAUGUCCCAGCAGCACACGGCACACCCCAGGCCCACUGGACUAAACUGCAGCAUUCCCUGGACACAGCCCUCCGCAGAGCCCGCGCAGCCCCUGCCGUGGCAAUAGCUGCCCGCGUGGCAGGGCAGACCCGCAACAUCACUGUGGAUCCCAGACUCUUUAAGAAACGGCGCCUACGUUCCCCUCGCGUGCUGUUCAGCACCCAGCCCCCACUGGUGGCCGUGGACAUUGAGGAGGUGGACCUGGAGGCUGACACGGAAUCCCUCUCCAACAGGACUCAAAGGAGGAAGCGCUCGCCCAGCCACCCCGUCUUCCACAUGGGCGAGUUCUCGGUGUGUGACAGUGUCAGCGUGUGGGUGGGGGAUAAGACCACGGCCACGGACAUCAAGGGCAAGGAGGUUAAGGUGCUAGGUGAGGUGAACAUCAACAACAGUGUGUUCAAACAGUACUUUUUUGAGACCAAGUGCCGAGACCCCAAUCCCGUGGAUAGCGGUUGCCGCGGCAUCGACUCCAAGCACUGGAACUCAUACUGCACCACAACUCACACGUUCGUCAAAGCGCUGACCACGGACGAUAAGCAGGCGGCCUGGCGUUUCAUCCGCAUAGACACGGCUUGCGUGUGCGUGCUCAGCAGGAAAGCUUCGCGAAGGGGUUGA